AGAACACAUUCGCGGCGUAUCUUCAUCAACCAGAUAGUUGCUAGUUUUGCAGUAAAAUAGUGUACCCGUAGGUUAAAAGGAACUUUCAAGGCAUGUUUAGAGUCAUAGUUUAUCUAACCGCUUUUCUAACGAUUUUUAAAAUACAUUGUGCAGUCGCAUUCAAUUGCGAUGCAGAACAGUCCUCCAUAGAGGGUAGACUACAGAAGCAGUUAUUUUGCACGGAUUACGACAAAUCACAACGCCCUGUAGAGCACCACGAAACUGCCACCAAUGUUUCUAUAUCGAUUUACAUGAAAAAUUAUGCCUUGUACGAAUAUGACCCUUCAUUGCAUAUCUCCAACUGGUUAUCAGUUAGCUGGAAGGACGAAUUUCUAACCUGGGACAGAGCGGAUUAUGGCAUAGACAUGCUAAACGUGGAUGAAAGCGAGAUAUGGCGUCCAAUGAUCACUUCGUACAGCAAGAAGCAACUGAACACGAUAGACCGAUCAUGUAACGAUCAUAAAUGCGAGCUGAAACAUACUGGUGAAGUUUCCUGCAUAUCUCCAUGCACCUAUGAGGCACACUGCACGAGUACGAACAUCGAUUGGCCGUUUGAUGUCAUGGACUGCAGGCUGUAUUUCAGCAGCUGGUUGCAAUAUAAGUCUGAACUAAACAUGACUGGAGCGUCCAACGUAUCAACAAGUUAUGUUACUCAUAAUCAUUACUCCUGGAAAUUACUGUCAGCUGAAAAGGAAAACUCCAAUCAUUCCGAUGACGACACCUAUCCCAGUGUGGUAUAUGUGUUCAAGUUCGAACGCCAUAUGGGUUUAUAUACGGCUAUUUUAACGCCGGGAUUUUUGCUUGUCGUUUUAAGUUGGUUAGUGCUUUGGCUGGACUACAGUAGCUCCGAGCGCCUAUACAUUCUGUACGCAACCUGUAUUGGUCACUUCACCUUUAUGGAGUUCCUGUUCUGGCACCAGUCGCACCAAACCGAAGAUGUUCCGAAAAUGCUGCUUUUCUACCGAGAUUCGCUGUUUAUCAACGUUUUCACUGUAAUUCUUACCAUCAUUUUGAAAUAUACCAACCCUAAGCCCCACAGCCCGGAGCGACUAAUAGACAGAUGGGCCUUCAGGGUGGCUUCAACUAGUUUGGGGCGUGUGUUGCUGCUAAGAGGACAUUUCAUUGGCUCAAAGAGAACACUUCUACGCGAGGAAAAUGAGGAAGGCAAGGAACACUACAAUCACGCAGGAAAUGGUAAUGGCGAUACGAUCAAUCUAGUUAUUGAUCGCACAAAUGGCAAUGGUUCCGUUGACGCGGGAACAGAGAAAUACCAGCAUGAUUUAAAGAUUAUGUUUAUAGAUCGAUCAAUGCUUUUGUGCUGUUUUGUUAGUUACGUUAUCAUGAUUAUCAAUUUGUACCCAAACAAACAUUCAAUCGAAAAUGGUGCCACAAUCGACUGUGACGCUCCUGUUAAUACUGAAAACAAGGAAAGCGAGUUACUCCAAAAGCUACUAUGCAAUUACGACAAAAGUGAACGACCCGUCAAGAACCACAAUACUGCAGUAAACGUUACAAUGUCAAUGCACGUUCAAAAUUACGAUGUGAGCGAGGGAAAGGCGACGCUCUAUCUGAAUGUGUGGAUGAGCUCUUCGUGGAAGGAUGAGUACCUAAACUGGGAUAGAGCAGAGUAUAGCCUAGACAAGGUAGUGAUCGAUUCCGACGAUCUAUGGCGUCCAACGUUUGUUGCCUUUCAUAAUAUAAAAAGUGGCAAUGGUGCUAACGCCUGUGGAACCCAUCCCUGCGAAGUAAAGCAAACUGGAGUGGUCCUCUGUGUUACCCCGUGCCAGUAUGAAGCUCUUUGCGUGAGCGAUACGGUUAGCUGGCCAUUCGACAGCCUAAAGUGCACAAUGUUCCUCGGCACCUGGUUGCAAGACGUCAAUCAAAUCAACAUCAGCCAAAACUCGAACGUAUCCACGCGUGACAUUGAGGUGCACCAUGCUGAAUGGAUGAUCAAGUCGGUGAAGAAACUCCACAUAUUCCUACCAGACAAUACUAGCUACCCAUCGUUGGAGUAUAUCUUCACGAUGCAACGUCAUGUUGCUAUUUAUGCUGCUAUUUUGACGCCAGGAUUCUUGAUGAUAAUAAUUGAUUUGGCUGUCCUGUGGAUGAACAGCGGCAGCGCCGAACGACUGUACAUACUCUGUGCAACUUGUAUGGGCCAUUUUACCUUCAUGGAAUACCUCUACUGGCGGCUACCGUACCACGGCGAGAACGUUCCCCGAAUGCUACUUUUCUUCCGUGAUUCUCUUAUAAUUAACGUUCUGCUGGUAGCCUUUACCAUCAUACUGCGACAAACGGCCCCGAAAGCUGAUAGCGAAGAGCGCUUAGUCGAUAAGCUUGCCGGCAGGGUAGCUUCAACGACGAUGGGUCGUGUAUUGCUUCAAAUAGACGAUACCGUUGAUGCAAAACAAUCAGCUACGAUCGACGAAGAAAAUGUAGAUACUGAUAAUUCCAACAAACUGCGGACGGACAGUUUUGAGGGUGAUACUGUGAACCUAGUAUCCGAUGCACCCGUUAAUGAUGCGCCGGUUACAGCGCCAGUUAUUGCUAAUCACCAACGGGGUACUUUAGUUAAUGCAUUUUUAGAUAGAAUUAUGUUUAUUUCCUUCUUACUUUGUUACGUCUUCAUGAUCUGCAGCCUUUUGCCAAAGGAAGUAAUGUAAACUUAAUCUCUUCGAAUAA